AUGAUUCUAUUGCUGCUUUUCGGAAAGCAGGCGUUUGCUCAGAUAAGAUACUCUGUUCCAGAGGAGGUAAAGGAAGGAACUGUUGUUGGAAAUGUUGCAAAGGACCUUGGCCUUGACAUCGCCUCUUUAACUGAUCGACGGUUCCGUGUUGUCUCUGGAUCGAAGGAUACAUUUUUUGACGCAAACCAGGAUAAUGGAGCUCUCUAUGUGCACAAGAAAAUUGACAGAGAGGAGCUGUGUCAGGGUGGUGGUACAUGCCUGAUGGAGCUCAAGAUCAUAGUGGAAAACCCUUUGGAAAUGCACUACGUUAUUGUGGAAAUUACAGAUGUAAACGAUCACUCACCUAGUUUUCCCGAAAAAGAGCAGAUGUUUGAAAUAUUUGAACAAACAUUGCCAGGGAGACGAUUUCAGCUGCACACUGCUCGUGACCCCGAUGCUGGAAUUAACUCUAUUCGUACCUACAUGUUAACGUCAAAUGAACAUUUUGAAAUAGAUAUCCGUCAAAGCGAUGAGGACAAAAUACCAUUUUUAGUGCUGAAGAAGUCCUUAGAUAGAGAACAACGAAGGAAACACUUGCUAGUAGUGACAGCAGUUGAUGGAGGUAAACCUCCCAGAUCAGGAACACUGAAUGUUUCUAUUAUUGUUCUUGACAGUAAUGAUAACCGCCCAACAUUUAGUCAAGAGAUUUACACAAUUGAAAUACAGGAAAAUGUUCCAAUUGGAACGUCCGUAUUUCAAAUGAAUGCCACGGAUCCAGAUGAAGGCACCAACAGUGAGACUGAAUACAGCCUUGGAAAAACACUAAAGAAGAGAGUCUAUGAUAUUUUUGAACUGGACAAAUUAACUGGAGAAAUAACAGUAAAAGGAGUGGUGGACUUUGAAGAAAACAACGUUUAUAAACUGGAUGUUGAGGCAUCAGACAAAGGAACACCUCCACUGACCGGUGAGUGUAGAGUCAUCAUAAAGAUUAAAGAUGUUAAUGAUAAUCCACCAGAAAUAGAAAUCACAUCACUGUCAAAUACAGUGUCAGAAGAGUCAAAGCCUGGAACAGUCAUUUCACUACUUAGUGUAACAGAUAAAGAUUCUGGAGUUAAUGGGAAAAUAAUAUCAACCAUAACUUCAGAUGUGCCUUUUGAGUUAAAGCCAUCAUAUAAAGAAAACAUAUAUUCAGUAGUCACUAAGGGACUUUUGGAUCGAGAGGAAGUGGCACAUUAUGAAAUAACGAUAAAAGCCACAGACUGUGGUGAGCCUCCUUUAUCUACUUUUAAAACACUCAGUAUCCAGAUAUCAGACGUGAAUGACAACAGUCCACAAUUUUCACAAAAUCCAUUACACUUUUACUUGUCAGAGAAUAAUGUUGCUGGAGCGUCAAUAUUCUCUGUAAAGGCAACGGAUAAAGAUGUGAACGACAACGCAGCUAUUUCAUAUCAUAUUGUGAGGGAAGGGAGUCAGAAUGACGUUUUGUCCUUCCUCAAUGUGAACCCAGACAAUGGACACAUCACAGCGCUGAAAAGUUUCGACUUUGAAACGCUGAAAACGUUCCAGUUCCAAGUGGUUGCCACAGAUUCUGGAGCUCCGUCACUCAGCAGCAACGUCACAGUCAACGUGUUCAUUCUGGAUCAGAACGACAACGCUCCAGUCAUCCUGUAUCCACUCAGCUCCAACGGCUCUGCUGAAGGUGUGGAGGAGAUUCCCCGCAAUGUCAACGCGGGACACUUGGUCACCAAAGUCAGAGCCUAUGACGCUGAUAUAGGAUAUAACGGAUGGUUGCUCUUCUCACUGCAGGAACUCACUGACCACAGUCUCUUUGGUCUGGACCGAUAUACAGGACAGAUCAGAACACUUCGCUCAUUCACAGAGACAGACGAGGCUGAGCACAAACUGGUCAUACUGGUCAAAGACAAUGGAAACGUUUCACUCUCAGCUACAGCUACUGUCAUUGUCAAACUUGUGGAGCCCAAAGAGGCUUUUGCAGCUUCUGAUGUCAAAAGUGCAGCAAAAGUUGAUGAUGAGGACAAUGUGACUUUUUACCUGAUGAUAACUUUGGGCUCAGUUUCUGUACUUUUUCUCAUCAGCAUCAUCGUGCUGAUUGCAAUGCAGUGCUCCAAAUCCACAGACUAUACUUCUAAAUAUCUGCAAGAGACCAAUUAUGAUGGGACACUGUGUCACAGCAUCCAGUACAGAUCUGGAGACAAACGCUACAUGCUAGUUGGACCCAGAAUGAGCAUAGGAUCUACAAUAGUACCUGGAAGCCAUGCAAAUACUCUAGUGCUCCCUGACAGGAGGAGAACAUCAGAGGAGUCGAAGGAUGUUCAGACCAUUAUCUGA